AUGAAUCAUCUAUUCAGUUUUCAAAUAAAUUUAAAUGACAUCUUUACAGGUGAUAACAUCAAAAAAUCAGAGAACAGUUGUGAUUAUUGUAUUAAAAGGAAAAGGGUAUGUAAAUGUGACACUAUAAAAGAGGAACUGGGAAGUGAACAUAUAGCCAUUUUGAACGACCUGGUGGAUCUGAAGAAAUAUUACGAUGAAGUGUGCGAAAAGAUUGUUGAUAAAUAUCAAGACGUUGUUCAUCGCUUUGAGUACGAUAAAGAUAUAGUGAAAUAUAUAAAGAAGCAUAAUAUAAAUGAUGAGAUAGAAUGUGUAGAUUGGUUAUAUUUUUAUGAGUUAUUAAAAGAAAGGAAAAUUCUUGAAAAUAUAAUUAACACAAAAGAAGAUAAGGAUAAUGUGACAUCAUUGAAUAGUUUCCAUAUAAAUGAAGAAGCAAAUUUUAUAAGUUGUAUAAAUUAUUAUUUAAAAAUAAAUAAAUAUAACAAUGUUCAGCAUAAUUGGAUGGGUAUGAGUUUAAAUCCUUUUAAUGAAUAUAUAAAUAAUAAUUAUAAUUUUGAUAUAUUUAAUAAAAAUGAAAAUAUUGAUGAUAUAAAUAAAGAAAAGAAAAAUGAUUUUUUGAAUUAUCAUUCAUUAUUAAAAAUGAAAAAUGAAAAAGAAGAUAUAUAUAAUGAAAGAAAAAAAGAUGAUAUAUUAUUAUAUAAAGAUAAAAAAUUUUAUCCUUUAUAUUACUAUUCAUAUAUAUUAUAUGAAAAUGAAAAAUGGAUCUCUGGUAUCAAUAAUACAGGGAAUAUAUUACAUUUAGAAAAUAUUGAAUAUGUAUGGAAUAAGACCGUUCGAGAAGGUAAUAAAAUAAAGUUAUUUCAUUUAAUUACAUGUGAUUGUUUAAAAAUAAAGGAUAUUCAUAAUAUUUAUAUGAAUAACAAAGAAAUAAGCAAGGAUAAAAUAAAAAUAAUAGAGGAAAGUAUUCAUAUAGAACGAAUAUUAUGUAUAAGUCAAUUAGUAUGUUCUUUAGGUAUGAUAAAUAUUGGAGGAUGUUUUAUUAUGAAAAUAAAAUUAUCUUUUGAUAAUUUCCUUUUAUCAAUUUUUUCUAUUCUUUCAAUAUGUUUUAAAAAAGUUGAUGUUUAUAGACCAUCGUGUUGUUAUUUACAAAAUGUAAUAUUUUUGAUAGGAAUCCAUUUUAAUGGAAUAACAUCUAUAUUUUUGUCCUGUUUAAAUAAUUGGGUUCAGUUAGCACAAAAAGAAAUCGUUCCCCUAUUAAGUUGUAAUGAUAAAUACAACGUUGAAGAUAAUAUUGGAAAUGUAAAAGAAAAUGAACAGAAAAAAAUUAAACUUAAUGAUAAUAUUCUUCAUGAUAAUAGGAAAGAGCAUACUAUGUGGGAUUAUAUAAAUCAUAGUAUUAUACCACUGAAAUGGAUUAAAAGCAAUUAUUUAAAAGAAUAUAAAAAUUGUAUAAAUCAUUUUAUUGAAUAUAUAAUAUAUGAAUUAAAAAAAUGUAUUAAUGUAUCAAAUAUAAGCUUAAUUAAAAAGAAUAUAGAAAAUACGAAGAAUACUUAUAUAUCCCAAUUUUUUGAAGAACAUAAAAUUAUCGAUAUUAAAAAAAAAGAUAAACUUAUAUACAAAUUGAUGGAUCAUAUAUAUGAGGAUGUUAAUUUAUUAAAUGAAAGGUAUCAUGAAGAAAAUAAAGAUAAAAUAAAUGAUCAUAAAUAUAAUAACAUUGAUAAUGUCAGUAUAUCAUCAGAAGAUAUAAACAAUGAAACAUUUUUUAAUAAUAAUAUUAACAAUGCAGAUAAUAAGAAUUGGUUAAAAAUAAAUAAUUCUAUUUUAUAUGAAACCGAAGAAAAAGGUAUUUAUUUUAGAAAUACAUAUUAUAAAAAUAAUUAUUGUAAUGAGAAUAUAAAAAAAUAUCGAAAAAAAAUAACAGCUUUAUUAAAAAAAAUAAAAUUUAAAAAUAUUAGUAAUAAUCAUGAUAAUAAUAUAAAUUUAGAAGAUGAAGAUGAUAUAAACGAAAAUAAAAAAAAAACAAAUAAUUAUCAUAACAAUAAUAAUAAUAAUAAUAAAAAUGAAUUAUUCCAACUUGAUGAAUAUAUUAUAAAAAAAAGAAAAUUUAGUAUGGAUAAAAAUUUAAUUUUAAAACAUCAUUUAGAAUUUGAAAAUUUAUUAAAAAAACAAGUUUAUUUUACCAAUAAAAACUGGUUUAAAUCUUAUUUACACAAUAAUGUAGAUAAAUAUAAUAAUUCAUUUUUUUUAAAAAAGAAAAAUACUUUUAAAGAUAUCCUAAAAUGUAGAUAUUAUUUAUAUUAUAAUAAUUAUGAUAUACAUAUUAAUAGUUUUAAACAAAUAUUAAAACAAUAUGAACCAUUAAAUAUCUCGUAUAUAAAUUAUGAGUUGCAUGCAAAUGUAAUCGAUUGUCUUUUUACUCUUACAAAUUGUGCAAAUUUAAAUAUUUUUCAAAAUAGUUUAUUUUUACAACAAUUUAUAGUUAUAAGUAAUGAACAAAAUGUCUAUAACUUUUUUUCAAAAUUUCAAAGUGGUCACUAUGUUUAUUUUGAUGCGAAAAUUCAAUCUCAUAUUUUAUCGGAGCAUGGAUCGAAGAAACGUGGUGCAGAUCAUUCUGAAACAUUCCUUAAUCUAGAUGAUAUGUACGAAAAUACAAAGUCGUACAAAGCGAUAAGCGAAUUAUUAAUUAGUUAUAUAAAGGAUAAGAAUAGUUGCUCAUUUAUUUAUAUAGAUAUGAAUAGUAUAUAUCCAAAUUUUGUAGAUGUAGUAGAGAAAGAAUUAAAAAUAAAAAAUUAUUUGGUGGGUAGUUUAAUUAUAGCUUACAAUUUUUUAAAAAAGAAUGGGAAUAUGAUAAUACGUUUAAGUAGUGUUCUUACAUUUUUUACGGCAGGGUUAAUUUAUAUUUUAUUUUGUUCAUUUGAUAAAAUAGAGUUCUUUGUUCCACCUUCAUGUGAUGAUAUUAGUUUGGAUAUAUUUUUAUAUUGUCACAACUUUAAUGAAAAUUAUAUAUAUCGUCAUUAUAUACAAUUUAUAUGGGAUGCUUUAAUAUGUAAUAAACAUAUUGAUGAAAAAUUGUUUAAUAUGGAUGAAAAGAAGAAAUUAGAUAAGCCUAUAAAUAAAAAAAGAAAAGCCGAUCUCUAUUUUUCUGUUCCUAUGUAUUAUUUAAUGAAUAAACAUUUUGUAAUGUUUUUAAAAAAAUUCAAUUCUUUUUAUUUUAAACACCAUAUUAAUGUAUGCUUGAAUUUUAUGAAGGAGCCAAAAUAUUUCUAUCAUAAUAAAAUUUUGAUAAAAUCUUUGCUGACCCAUUUUUUUAAGGCAUAUGUUAUUCAGGGGAAAACAUUUGAAAAUGUAUAUAAGUCCAUAGGAAUGAGUUUUGAUAAUUUUUAUGAAGGAAGAGAAGAUAGUGAUGAUGAAGAUGAAGAGGACGACGAAGACGAAGAAAAUAAAAAGGAACAGGAACAGGAAGAAGAAGAAGAGCAAGAAGAGGAAAAAGAAAAAACACAUGAAGCAUAUGAUGAAGAGAAAAGUUUUAAAGCUUUUUUGCAUUUAAAUAGAAAAGAAUCACAUGCGAAAAACCAAUUUGAAUUUUAUUCGAGCGAUUCUAAUUAUUCAAUAAUGUGUGAAUAUAAAAAUGUGCCGAGUGAAAUAUCUAUAUCUGAGUCUGCAUGGGACAGUUCCUAG